AUUAUUUCUGAUAUUUUGCUAGAUUUUCGUGAGUCACAGCAUUCACAUCAAUAAUUGCUCAAAACCUUGACUCUCUCUCUCUCUUUCUCUGUAUAUCUUCUCAGAACGUUCAUCUUCCUUCGUUCUACCCUUCAACUGCUAUACUUGAAGAGCGCUGUUUCCUUUUGAGCAUUCCCUCACCCUCCAUCAUCUCACAAAAUGGCAGAACAAAUUCUCUUCGACACUGCCCAGCGAAUCAUUGAGACUGUAGGCUCAAUGGCUGCCGAAGAGAUCGGACUUCUCUGGGGCUUCGAAAAUGAGCUUCAAAGCCUGAAUAACACCGUUUCAACAAUCGAAGCUGUGCUUCUGGAUGCGGAGGAGCAACAUGCUGCUGGGAACCAUCAAGUCACUGUUUGGCUCAGAAAGCUGGAAGAUGUCAUUUAUGACGCGGAUGACUUGCUGGAUGUUGUUUCCACUGAAGCUCUACGAAGGCAAGUAAUGACCCAUCAUAAGAAGGCCAAGCAGGUACGUAUUUUUUUUUCCAAAUCAAAUCAGCUUGUCUAUCGUCUUAAAAUGGCCCAUAAAAUUAAGGCCAUGAGAGAGAGGUUAGAUGCCAUCGAUGCAGAUAGGCAAAGAUUCCACUUAAAGUUAAAGCUAAGCCAUGUGGAGACAGGAGCAGGAGGAAACAGGGACAGAGAUAACACUCAUAGUUAUGUAUGUGCGGAAGCAGUUAUAGGACGAGAGAAUGAUAAGAAGGCAGUUAUACACCGUCUGCUGGACUCCAACGUUGAAGACAAUGUUUCAAUCCUUCCAAUUGUUGCCAUUGGUGGAUUAGGGAAGACUGCACUGGCUCAGCUCAUAAUCAAUGACGAGCAAAUCCAAAAACAUUUUCAACUCAAAAUGUGGGUGUGUGUCUCUGAUUCCUUCCAAGUUAAAAAUAUUGUUGAAAAAAUUUUUGAAGCUGCAACAAAGAAGAAACCAAAAACCAUGGAAAUGGAUACGUUGAUAGGUAAACUUAAAGAAAUAAUCGAUGGAAAGAAAUACUUGCUUGUAUUGGAUGAUGUGUGGAAUGAGGAUCAUGAAAAAUGGUCUCGCUUGAAACAAGUGCUGAUGGGUGGUGCAAGCGGCAGUAGAAUAUUAGUUACUACCCGCAGUGAAAUCGUUGCAAGGAUUGUCAGGACUGUUGAAUCAUAUCCCUUAAGGGGUUUAGACAAAGACGAUUCAUGGUCUUUAUUUAAGCAGAUGGCAUUUGAGAGAGGACAGGAGCCGGAGCAGAACUCGAGCAUCGUAGCCAUUGGGAGGGAGAUCCUAGCAAAGUGUUCUGGUGUUCCGCUGGCCAUAAGGACAAUUGGAGGUUUACUACGCAUCAAAAAUUCAGAAGCAGAGUGGUUGGCUUUUAAGAAGAAUGAACUCUCAAAAAUAUCUCAGAAUGAAAAUGACAUCUUACCAACUCUGAAGCUGAGUUAUGAUCAUCUUCCUUCACAUUUAAAGCACUGCUUCGCUUAUUGUAGUUUGUAUCCAAAAGAUUACCAAUUUAAUAAAUCAAGACUGAUUCAGCUUUGGAUAGCACAAGGGUUUGUCAACUCAUCGGACAAGAACCAAUGCUUAGAAUAUGUUGGUAAUGAGUAUUUUAUGGAUUUACUUUGGAGAUCAUUCUUUCAAGAAGCUAAAAUUGAUGAGUUUGGUAACAUAAUGGAAUGCAAAAUGCAUGACCUCAUGCAUGAUCUUGCCAUUCUUGUAGCAGGAUCGAUUAUCACCACAUUAGAUGAUGAUAAAGAGAGAAACGUUGCUGAAAAAACUCGUCAUGUAUCAAUUGUUGGCUACGAUAUCAAUACUUCAUCAAUUACAACCUCAUUGAGUAAAGCAAGUAGCAUGCGAACAUUUCUUUAUCAUUCAACUUCCUACAAAUUUUGGGGUGAGUCAGAUAUUGAAGCAAUUUUUUCAACUUCCAAGUUCCUGCGCGUGUUGCAUUUGCGCAUAAUAACUUUUGAUUUUCUGCCCAGCUCUAUUGGGAAGUUGAAGCAUUUAAGAUAUCUUGAUUUUUCCUUAAACCGCAAUCUCAAGAAGCUUCCCAAUUCUAUAACCAUGUUGCAGAAUUUGCAAUCACUAAUACUCUCAUUUUGUACUAAGCUUGAAGAAUUGCCGAGAGACAUUAAAAAAUUAGUCAAUCUCAGGCAUCUUGAUAUAGAAGGAUGUAUUGAGUUGGCUUAUAUGCCACGUGGGUUGGGGCAGCUGACUAAUCUUCAGACUUUAUCAAAAUUUGUGGUCUACAAGGAUCCUCUCUUUAGGCAUAGCAGUGGGUUAAAAGAACUAAAGGGACUAAAUGACCUGAGAGGACACUUAGAUAUUGAAAAUCUGAGACACGGGAAAUUUGCUACGUCAGAAUGUAAGGCUGCAAAUUUAAAGGAGAAACAACAUCUUCAUGCUUUGGAUUUACGGUGGAGUUUCAAAUUAGGAGGUGUCAUUGCUUUGGACGAUAUUUUUGAUGAUGAAGUGUUAUUGGAAGUCCUCCAACCGCACCCAAAUCUGAAAAUACUUCGUUUACAACACAAUUACGGUACAAGGCUUCCAAUUUGGCUUUCGUCACUCACAAAUCUUGUUAGAUUUGAGUUAGAGGGGUGUAGGAAAUGCCAAUAUCUGCCUCCUUUGAAUCAACUGCCUUCUCUCAAAGUUGUUCAUCUUAUCGAAAUGGAUGCUCUGGAGUACAUAUCAUCAGGCAGUGGUGAUAGCAAUGAGUUUUCUUCUUUUUUCCCAUCUCUCAAGGAAAUUAGACUCGAUCAUUGCCCUAAUCUCAAGGGGUGGUGGAGGAGGAGGGAUUCUUCUGUGGAGGUCAAUGGUGAUAGUCAUAAUUUUGUUGAAAUAACGGAGCAUCCUUUACUCCCUUCCUUUCCUCGUCUUUCAAAAUUAGGGAUUUUGCAUUGCCCUUUGUUGACCUCUAUGCCAAUGUUUCCACAUCUUGAAGAGUUGGACCUGUUCGAUGCUAGCUCAAAGCCACUGCAACAGACAACGAUGAUGAAUAUGGCAGCACCACAAAGCCCAACGUCAACAGCAACUACCUCCUCCUCAUCCACUCCUCUCUCAAAAUUGAAGUAUAUAGAGCUGGAUUUCAUUGAGGAUCUAGAAACUCUGCCAGAAGAUUGGUCAAAAAACCUCACUUCUCUCGAGUCUUUAAGGAUACAGAGCUGCAAAAGGUUAAAUUCUCUCUCCCCAGGUAUACAACAUCUCACUUCCGUUCAAGACCUGGAACUUUAUAAUUGUCAUGAGCUUGAGCUUGCCAAUGAUGAGGAUGGAAUGCAAUGGCAAGGCCUUAAGAGCCUCCUAUCUUUGAAGUUUUCACAUCUUCCGAAAUUGGUGUCUCUCCCGUUGGGGCUUCAACAUGCGACCACUCUGCAAAGCCUCUACAUUUCAAAUUGUAAAAACUUGACGGCUAUACCAGACUGGAUCCACAACUUUACAUCACUUCAAGAACUUCGAAUUAAUGAAUGCGCCAGUUUGACAUCACUGCCCAAAGGAAUCCGUAGCUUAACGUCUUUGCGGUGGCUGAAAAUUGAGAAGUGUCCUGCAAAGAUGCGAGUGAGAAGGAGGUGAGAAUUGGGCCAAGAUUUCUCACAUUCCAGAGUUAGAAUUAAAGUAUCCGGAAUCAGAUGCAGAAGUAGCAGAACCAGCUAAAGAAAAAGAGGAUUUGGAGCAUAUUCAAAAAAUCUAGGGCGUUGAAUUCAUGAUUCCUGUAUUGUGUGAUCUCAAACAAAAGACAGUAAAGUCAAGUCACCCAUCAAGAUCCUUGCCCACCCCUACACCAUGGUGUGCAAGUUGUACUGGGCAGGAGGAUUGAGCGCUCAUUGGUGGGAUGAAGACCAGAUUGGCAUCUACACGGGAAUUGGCGAGUACUCUGAAUGAGUGACUGUGAAUCUUGCAAACUCCGAUCCUUUUGAGGAUGAUUGGGUUGCAGUUUUUUCUCCUGCAAACUUCAAUUGUGAUUUGAUAUUUGAGGAGAUAGCAAGGAACUUCUACAGAAUGUGUCAUCUUUGCUGAAAUUGGGGGGUUCAUUUUUUUGGUCAACGAUGACUUUUCUGCUAUGGAAAAUUCAUUACCAUGAAACGUUUAGCUGAUGGUUCCAAAAGAGUUUGGGUUCCUCAUUUUCUAAGUGCACAGUCAUAUGAUGAUUAUAAGAAGCAAAGGAGACUCGAGAGAUGGCAGGGCAAUGUUGUUGUGAACUGAUCACACAUGUUCUCUAGACUUCUAUACAUGUUCAUUCAGACGAGGUACAAAUUUCAAAUUCAUAGAGACGUUCGUUUGCAUUAGUGUCUGAAGCAUGUCCGGACGAGACAUCAAUUCCAGAUUCACUAAGACAUUCUUCUGCAAUGACGUCUGAAGCUAUUCUGAACGGGAUGGUUUUCUAGACUUAUAGAGACGCUCGUCUGCAAGUAGUCUGGACACACUGCAUCAGGUUUCUUGAUUUAGUUGUGAUUAACCUAGUUGCGUCCACACGAGAAAGGACCUCAUCCAGACGCCGACUAAGUUAUGCAGUUUUGUUUUCACAGUUUGUAUUCUGUUAGACCAGGGACUCUUGUAGUUUAUAUAUUGGAAACUGCUAAGCACAGAAUAGAUAUAGUUUCUACAUGAGAAUAAGUGUGCUAAGAGAGCUAAAACAGAUCAUGAACAAUGCACGAAGCCUAUCGGAGUUCCGAUGAAGGAGAUCACAUAAAAGAAACAUUCCAGAAGUUUUGGGAGAAUUAUUGCGGUAGCGGACAAGUGUGUUACUUGUUUAGUACAUGGGAUUGUCAUUUGCAAAUGUUUUGUAAGUAUUGAAAUUGUGUAAUUUCUCGUUUUUAUAUAGUAGAGUGAUUUUUUGGGUUUGAC